UGGGUUUGGAUGCCAACAGCCAGAGAUGGAGUCUGCCGCGGUCGCUCGGCACAAACUUCAGAUCAAAUUGGCGAAGUGGUAGUGGCUUAAAGAAAGUCUACAGUGACUUCAGUUUGAUCUAUUUAAACCUUUUCUCAUCUGUUCUGCUCAGUUUACACUCAUUCUUUAUUCAGCCAUGCUAAAUGAAGCAGCUAGCAAGUAUCUAAGUAUGAAGUUUGUCCAGCAUUGUUUUGUACAGGUCUAUCUCUGGCUGUUAUUUGGGACUUAAAGCUAUCUCAUGAUGAUGCAGUUUCAGCUGUAAGAGCUCAUAGCAGGGAGGGGGAAGGGGCUUACGAGGGAUUGAUCUCGUUGGAAUUUUCUUCAGCGACAGCAGUGCUCUCUAGAAAUGGCCCGCCGUUGCCUCUGGGCGCCUUACUCAGUGUUUAAUUAUGUUAGUUGAUAGUUUGCACCUGGUUUUUCUACCUUACUGAUUGAUAGCUCUGGCCAGGGCUGCAUGAUUAUGGUCCAUGUGUUCUUUAUUCUACCCAUUAAUGUGUGCCACAAAGGUCUUUGUUUCACCCUUGCUGUCUUACUCUUGUACAACACUCAAUCGCAACGUUCGAGUAAUGAAAUUUCCGGCAUGUAUUUGGGGUGCAGUUACAAGCCUGAGGCAGAACAUUUAUCUGAUUUAGCACCAAAGUAUAUCCAAAUAACAUAAACAACUAAAUUGUUUUCCUAUUCAUUAGGAGGCUUUUUCUAAGUCCAUGCUGAUAUUUUUUCAAAGAUGGUGUUUCUAGGCCCGCAUCUUAGGCCGUGUUCAGACUGACUUUAGACGUCGAAAAGCUUAUUUCUUUUACCCCCCAACCGCUGCGAUGAAAUAUAAUAGUUGCCGUAGUAACUUUCCAGAGUUGUAAAAUCUUGUUGGGUACAUCGGUGUGCAGUGUUUUGGCGUCUGAUAAAACUUCACACUGACUGAUCUGUUACUCGAACUGGUCAUCCUGGCUCCUAUUUUAUGUUCCACCACCGGUACCUGAAGCAGUACACCCUCACUAACGCAGACCCUUUUUAAUGCAGUCUGCAUGGCCUUACUCUUAUUGUGAAUGUAAUUACAACUUUCAAAUGAUAAAAUAGCAGCACUGUAUUUGGGGUGCAAGCCUCACAACUGUUGGUUAUCUUUAACAUACCAACAUACCAAAUAAAAGGAAAUAAUCCAUUUUGUUGUUAAUCUAAAGUGUUUUGAGAUCCUUUCGUUUCUACUGCAGUCAUUUCCAGAGUUGGACACUAUAAGAUUUGACUGCCCACAUCACCAUCUUUAAUUCCAUUUUGGUUUCAUGUUGCAUUGUUUAAAGCCUGCCUUUCCAACUUUGGACUCCCUGAGUCAUCCUGGUAUUUAACAGCGCCCCUGCAUGUAACUGAUGUUGAAACACAACAUCUGGGGUGUAACAAUAACAAAAGUGUUAGUGUUAAUCAUUAGUGAAGAAAAUAACAGUGUACCCUUAAUUAUGCAGCUAGCUCGAGUGCUAGCCUACAUUUUUUGGAGCUUCAGUGUUCUUUACCAUAUUGACACGAGAGGCAGGGCUGACGCAAGGGACAGAAACAUCUCGAAUAUCAAUGAAUUUCUUGCUAUGCCAAAAUAAAGCACGGCUCACUUUCUUUUUUCUGAAGAUGCGCUCUGUUGAUGAGGCUCUGUCAUCCCUCUGCUAGAGAGCACUGCUCGACUGUGGGUGGAGCUUUCACCUCCGUAUCCCAGUAGACUUUACUGUCCCCUCCUUCCACCUUCAGUGUGGGAUUUACUGCAUGCUAGUGUUUCUGUGUGUGUGUGUGUGUGUUAGUUAUAGACACUCUGCGCUGCGUUUUCUUUUGAGACUGUUGGAAUGCAGAAGUAAUAGCCACAAGCUUAGCCACCCUGAAAUAAAAUCAAUAUUGACUUAGAAGGAAGGUGCUGAAGUACACGGAGCCUAUCCUUCCUACACUCACACUUUUCAGUACACUAUAUUGCUGCCCUGUACUGUACGCACAUUUGUACAGUUGGGAGUAUAGUUACACUUUGUCACUUCACAGCUCUGCUUUAUAUUGUUUGAUAGCAGUGGCAUCGUCUUUCUGUACAGCUUUGGUGGAUAGUGGGAUGUACAGAGUGGGUGAUUUGGGGAAAUUGGAUCUUUGCUUCCAGCAGCUCUCCUGUCCCUGAUUCACUGUAGUGCCAGCGCUGUCGUUUUCUCUGAAUUAUGCAUGGGGCCUUUUUUUUUUCUCUCAUAUGAAGUGUUCCCGCCUUACAUAACACUUGUCUUUUUGAUUUUGCGGUUUUUGGCCUGGUUAGUUUAGCCUAAGUAGCAAUGCUCUGUAGCAGCAGCAAGUGUCACUAUUUUACUAGGUGGUGUACCCUUAUUCUGCCGUGCAGUCUCUCUCUCUCUCUCUCUCUCGCUCUCUCUCUCUCUCUCUUUUUGCCUCUCCUCUCCCCUGAGCUCAUUGCGAUGCACGCGUUCUGCAGUCUGAGUGACCUUCAGAAUGCAUUUCAUCUGCUCCUGCACCUCUUCAUCGCCUGCCUCAGUACACACAUACUGGCCAGCCCCUGCUAUGAAACCAGCCCUUUCGUGGGGUUUUAGUUUAUUUACAUUGACCCUCCCCUUUAAAAGCCCUCAUACAGACAGCCUUUGCAUAUUAAAGAGGAUGAGAGAGGGAGUGUCAAAGUGUGUGUUUGAGGGGUGCUAACAGUGUCAUGGGGUUUAAUUAACAUGGGGGGGGGAUUUAGGCAUGAGUGAAUGUGUUAGUGUGUGUAUAUCUGUGAGAGAGAGAGAGUGAGUGUCAGAGUCAAGUCUGUGAAUACUGCAGCCUCAGCUGGAUGCAGUGGAUCAGCUGCUCCCUCCAUCCCCAUCUCAUUUCUCUUCUGCCACCCCCUCCCCUCCCAUUCCCCCCCAUACUGUCCGCCCCUCCCCCCUAUUCUCUCUGCCUCUCCCUCCCUCCUUCUUUCUGUGCACCUCUAGCUUCGGUAGCGGUAGUCUUGAGCAUCCUUGCUGCUGCUGAUGCUGCUAUAAAUAUCUGCUGGUAGCCAUAGAGCAGCAGAGAGCAGCAGGCAGGCCAGAGGGAGGAGCAGAAGACCACAGGACAGGACAGGGGGAAAGAGAUCUGAGGCAGAGGAUAACAAGAUGACAGGCGGUCGAGCUUGAAAAAGGAGAAGGGGGGAGAAGAGAAGAGGGGAUCUGCUUAGUUAGCUUUAAGAAAGAGGAAAAGUGUGUGUUUAUGUGUUCUGUGGCUUGAUUAUUGGCCUGUGCUGGACUUGUAAGUCAAAUUCAGGACUAGACUUGAUCUGGACUAUAUCCAAACCGCUGUUGGACCUACUGGUGCUGCACUAGGUUAAGCUGAGUUAAUCGAACUCAACAGUGGAGACUGGAGCUGGACUUUCCUUCCCCGGCCUCUAAAAGCCAGGCUUUGCAUGCGCCGGACUCGAAGUGUGCCCCCUCCGAACCCCAUCCAGGCUGCUGGUCUUCCAGUUUCAUGUGGACAUGCGGGCCGGCGUGGGCCGGGGCGGGGCUGAGAUGUCAUGCUCCUGUGUUGCUGGUGGUGCCUGAGGCCUGAGGCGGUGGAGCUGGACAGCAGGAGGGUGGACAGCAGGAGGGUGGACCACCGUGUGCUGAACUGCGAGGCCACUGCCUCCACCGCCAUCACAGCUGUUUCCCUUGACCAGUGGGAGCCAGAAACGACCAACACUGCCUUGCAGCCCUCCCAGAGUGUGAAGAAUUCGAGUUAUGGUCUGCCGUCCUACCACCCCUACAGCAACAGCUAUGACUACUCAGACCAGGGCAGGCAGAGUGAGCGCUCAGGCCUCUGUGGACUUUCCAACCUAGGCAACACCUGUUUCAUGAACUCUGCAGUGCAGUGUUUAAGCAAUAUCCCUCCACUGACGGAGUACUUCCUCAAAGACAAGUACACAGAUGAGCUGAAUGAGGACAACCCGCUGGGCAUGAAGGGGGAGAUUGCCAGAGCCUACGCUGAGCUUAUCAAGCAGCUGUGGUCGGGCAAAUACAGCUACGUCACCCCAAGGCCUUUCAAGACCCAGGUGGGCCGUUUCGCCCCACAGUUCUCAGGCUACCAACAGCAGGACUCUCAUGAGCUGCUGGCCUUUCUCCUGGACGGCCUUCACGAGGACUUGAACCGCAUCAGGAAGAAGCCCUACAUCCAGCUCAAGGACGCUAACGGCAGGCCUGAUAAGGUGGUGGCGGAGGAGGCGUGGGAGAACCACAUCAAGAGAAACGACUCCAUCAUUGUGGACAUCUUCCACGGCCUUUUCAAGUCCACCCUGGUGUGUCCUGUGUGUGCCAAGAUCUCUGUGACCUUUGAUCCUUUCUGCUACUUGACCCUGCCCCUGCCCAUGAAGAAGGAGCGAACACUGGAGGUCUAUCUUGUCAGACUGGACCCUCUGGCUAAACCCACACAGUACAAGCUGACCGUGCCGAAGGUGGGCUACAUCUCUGACCUGUGUACCUCCCUCUCCAACCUGUCUGGUGUGCCUGCUGAGAAGAUGAUUGUAACUGACAUCUACAACCACCGUUUCCACCGGAUCUUCGCCACUAACGAGAACCUCAGCAGCAUCAUGGAGAGAGACGAUAUCUACGUGUUUGAGUUGGCGGUGAACAGGGUGGAGGAUACGGACCACGUAGUGAUCCCAGUGCACCUGAGGGAGAAGUACAAACAGUCGGGAUACAACCACACUAGCACACCUCUGUUCGGACAGCCCUUCCUCAUCGCCGUCCCCAGAACCCUCAGUGAAGACAAACUCUACAACAUGCUGCUCCUGCGCCUCUGCCGGUUUGUGCAAUCUUCAGUAGAGGAGGAGGAAGAGGAUUUUGAAGAGACGCAGCCAUCCAAACAACACACUGUCAAUGGUAACGCCACUAAUGGACUGCUGGAGGAGGGGUCGCCUAGCGAGAUGGAGACCGACGAGCAGGACGACGAGUCCAGUCAGGAUCAGGAGCUACCGUCCGAGAACGACAACAGCCAGUCAGAGGACUCUGUCGGCGGGGACAACGAACUAGAGAACGGUGUGGUUGGUCCACAGAACUCCACCAAAGGCCAGCAGACGUCCGGGCACAACAGAAAGAGACUUUUUACAUUCCAGUUCAAUAACAUGGGAAAAACGGACUUCUCCCUCAUUAAAGACGACACCAGGCAGAUCCGCUUUGACGAGGGACACCUCCGACUCAGUGACCGCUCUUAUCUCUCCUUGGACUGGGAACCAGACAUCAAGAAGAAGUACUUUGAUGAGACCGUCGUCGAGAAGGACUGUGACAAGCAUGAGAGCAUGGAGUACAAGCCUCAGAAGAAAGCUUUCUUCAAGCUGAAGGACUGCAUCGAACUGUUUACCACAAAGGAAAAACUGGGAGCCGAGGACCCAUGGUACUGUCCAAACUGUAAGCAGCACCAGCAGGCCACUAAGAAGCUGGAUCUUUGGUCUCUGCCGCCGGUCCUGGUGGUCCAUCUGAAGCGCUUCUCCUACAGUCGUUAUAUGAGGGACAAACUGGACUCCCUUGUUGAUUUCCCACUCAGAGAUCUGGACAUGUCUGAGUUCCUGAUCAAUCCCAAUGCCGGGCCCUGUCGGUACGACCUCAUUGCUGUGUCCAACCACUAUGGCGGGAUGGGUGGCGGCCACUAUACUGCUUACGCCAAGAACAAAGACGACGGGAAGUGGUACAACUUUGAUGACAGCAGCGUGUCUCCUGCCAACGAAGAUCAAAUAGUGUCCAAAGCAGGCUAUGUGCUGUUCUACCAGCGCCAGGACACGGUGAAAGGCACCGGCUACUUCGCUCUCGACCGCGAGGAAGAAGAGGAGGAGGAGGAGGAGGAGGAAGAAGAAGGAGAAGAAGAGGAGGAGGAGGAAAACGACGGCGAGGAGAUGCAGGAGAGGAAGGCUGCUGCAUCUGCUCAGGGCGCCUUGUCCGCCGCCAGCGCCUCUGCCUCUGUGUCCGCCGCUGCUCUGAGUGACGAGGAGGACCUGAACGAGAACCGGCGCAGGAAGAACGACAACGAGCAGAAACACGAAGAGGAAGGUGAGGAGGAGCGGGCGCCCAAUCGAGACGUCACCAUGAAAACCAACUGAGGCAAACGAGGACAAGAGUAAAUGGAGAGAGAGAGAGAGAGAGACUAGGAUCUUUCCAUCCAAAGCCAUAUGGACACACAGCAUGGCAGCGGGCGCCACCGGUCCCCACCCAGCGGCUCGGACUCGGCCACUCGACAGGCGGAGCCACUGCGGGGACGGCGGCUGUAAGGUCAGGGAGCUGCCGCGGUACGCAACUCUAAGAAAUCAGGGCCCUCCCCUGUGUUUGGAGCACUGUGUGUGUGUGUGUGUGUGUGUGUGUGUGUCGCCAUGUCCAUUCGUUUAGGAUUUACUCACCUGCUCUGUGAAAGACUCACGGAACGACAUUGGGGAACGAUUUCAAGGCUUCACAGUACUCCAGUGCAGCACUCUGAAUCGCCCUCUGCUUUUUGUGUUCCUUUUGUUGUUGUUGUUUUAUAUAUUUUGAGAGCAAUGCAUUGUUGGCAUAUUAUCAUUUAGACCGUGUAAAUAUUUUAAACACUGAAUUAUAUCGGGUUUUCAUGAUGCGCUGAAACAUUUUGAACUUGCACAAUCACCAACCAUCCACUUUUUUUAAAAAUAUACUAUUGCCAGACAUACUGCAAGUGUUUAACAGCGACUUUGUCUCUCAGAGGGUUUUUCUCACAAUAAAAGCUUAGGAAGCUGCCUUUAGCAAGCCAGUGGUGAGACUUGCCUACACUCAACGUAGAGAAGUGAUGCUCAUAGUUAUGUGGUUUUAUAAAGUGUCGAACAGCCAAACUGUCCUAGCUUUUUACCGCUGCUGCUGCUAGUGCUGCAAAUCUUGCAUUUUUAGACCGAUUAUUUGUGUAUUAGCAUGAACCUUAGCAAUUUAAGGUCCUGCUUUUUGCUGUCUCUGGUCUCCUCUGUUGAUAACUUCUAUUUCUUUAAACCUAAAAUGUUUAAACAGAAGGAUUGAGAAGUUCUCCAGCUAACUUAGCAAAAUAACCAAAUGGAUUCUAACUUUGCAUAUUAUAUCUGCAAAAAAUGAAUUGGUAAAUGGUGUUUCAGAAGUUCCUAGUGUUCAAAUAUAUAAGCACUCUGUCUUAAAUCAACUCACCAUAGUGUGCAGGGGUUGCAACAGACGCAUCUCUUUAAAAGGUAGCUGGCAGACUUGUAGAUCCUACACCACAGAUCUCCUCUUUACCUCUCCCUCUUUAAGUUGUUCAUAGGUGGUGUUUAAAGCUUUACUGAGGCUCUGCGCUCCUCCUCCUCCUUUUCCUCCUCUUCAUAUUCGAGGCACUGUGAGAUUAGAAACAUCGGUGAUUUCACUGACAUCAGAUGGGUCAUCUCUUGUUUGGAUCACCUCGGCCUUAACUCUUAAUCUCAGACCAGUCGCCUUUUCUUUGCACAUCACUAUCGCACUGUCUUUCUUGUGCGGCCCCUUCAGACACUAACGUCUACGAAUGUCCAUAUUUGCCUGCUUGUUAUAUCGGAGCCACGUCAUCUCAAUUUUUUUUUAAAGCCACAUAAGGGCCAGAAUGUAUGCUGAAUGAAAUGAACACUGACCCAGAUGUAUGUGGUUGAUGCCUUUUUGAUUCUUUAUAGGGCAAGAUUUGUUCUCCCUUCCUUUUUUUUUUUCUCCAUGGCUCCCUUUCUUGGUUUGAUUGAAUGUGGGUUAUUAGCUAUAUGAAUUCAUGAGUACUGCUGAAUGCACCCCUUUCCAGAAGGGGAAAAAUUAAAUACGUCUUUGUGGUCCUGAGUUUGGAGGGGGUUUUUUUGGUGGUGGUGGGGGACUAAAAAUUAUGGGGUGAGUCUGCCUAAAAGGCCUUUCAGCUUUUGGGAUCAUGAUACAGUGAAAAUAUUUUGUGGCAGAUUGUUGCAGGAUAUUCCUCCAUCGAUGUAACUCAUGAUAAAAACUAUUCUCCAUGGUGGAGUGUUUUCUUUUUCUAUACCUGUUCUUUCCAUUGUAAACAGCAUUAGCGUACCUGUUGUCGCCUCAGAAUAUUAGAUGUGUACCAUGCCUUUAUGAGCAUCUCUGUGCUUUGACUUCAGUGGGCUUUAUUGCCUCAGCGCUGCCUUGCUUUUUGGGCGACUCACCCCAUCCUGACUGAGUGAGAUGUGAUUGCUACUAUAGGCUUAUACAAUACUGUACAUAAGAGUUCACUCUGUGAGUGCACAUUUGAUAAAGUUUAUUUAUUUAUAUGUAAGCAUUUAAUAAUAAACAGACAAUAUAUUUAAAACCUUGGCAAGGUCUGAAAUGUUGGCGAGGGGAAUGGGGGGGAGGGCAGGGUUCGGUGUGUCUCGAGUCCUCACAUACACACUAGUUUGCAAAGUCUUGCCUGUGCUCUUGUCAGGGAGGGAAUAUUUUUAAAGAAGAAUGGUUAUGUUGUUUUGGGACUUUUUUUGUAAAAAAUAACAUCCUUGCAUGACAACAUAACGGGGGUUUCCAGGUUUGGCUGCACUUGAGUUCACUUGGGUUUACAUUUGAAAUGUGCAUGUGUAUUUAUACACAAUCUUCAAUAAAGUUGUGUAAAGCUUC